AUGCCAUAUGUGAAAGUAAUGGACUCAUACAGGAGCUCAAAAACUCAAUAUACAAAUGGAGACCGUUCAAACUUUUGGCUUGGCAUUCCAUUUGCUGACUCAGAAGACUUUAUGGGUGGUAUUUCAACUGUUGGUACAGUUCAAAUACAAUAUACUGGUGACAGAGACGGUCCAGAUGAAUUGAAAGCAAAGAAGUUUACAAAACCAAUAGCACUUUUUCACGGAAGAUGCUCUUUUGAAAUUCGUUCGAUGAAACCUGCUGGGGCUCUCAGAUUGGUAUAA